CAUCUUCUCACUUCACCCCAUGCCUCAACUCAAGCAGCAGCAAAAGUUUUUGGGAAUGAGUGAGUGCAAACUGCAAACAACAACGGUUGAAUUGUUUUCAGAAUGUGAUUAUUGUCUUAAAAGUUAACUAAAUAUGGCAGAAGCUUGUAGAUUUGGAAGUUCAUUUACCGAAUCUAGAGCUUUACCGAGUCACGAUGAAAGUUUUUGUAUAUUUAACGUGUUUUGUGUAUUUAUAUCACUUGUAACGAUACUUGCCGAUUUAACUACAGAUUUGACCGUUUUUGCAGAGUAUUGUAAAAAUGGUUACAUUUAUUGGGCUAUUACUACAUUUUUAUUUAUUGUUACACCGAUUAUUUUAAUUAACAUUUUUUCACUCCGUUGGAUUGUAUUGGACAAAAAAUUCAAAUCAAGACAUUGGAUUACUCACUGCUGCCUUGUGGGUCUGUUGGAACGUUAUACAGUUUUUCUUCAGGAAGCAUUAACUUGUCAAAAUAUGGAACCUAUAAGAAAUCAAAAAAUAUUGUCACAAAGAAAUGAUUUGAGUUUGCUACAUUUUUUGUACACAUUUACCGGUACAGUUCCGCAAAUAAUUUUACAAUCAUACGCCAUAAUUAUUUUAGACGAAAAUUAUCACACUAAAGCAUUUGCUUUAACGGCGUCAAUAGCAUCAGUUGUCUGGGCAUGUGCGACAUACAUUUACAGUAUAACAUCAUUUGAUAAUGAAAAUUUCCAAUGGAAUUCAGUAUGCCUUAAAGUGGUUUGGCAUUUUGGAAUGUUGAUUGCCAGAAUUUCUGGAAUAGUAUUGUUCACCAUAAUUUUCGGGGUAUGGACCCUAGUCCCUCUUGGUUUACAUUGGGCUGCAAUGACAUUUUGGAUAGUAACACAAAAGACAACUUUUUGCCCAAAUAGAUUAGAAGAAACAUUUUAUAAUGUUGUCAUGGGAUUUGUUUACUGCUUCUGUUACAUUAAUUUAAGAGAAGGUCACACGCGCUACCGGCUAUUGAUGUUUUACACAUUAAUGGUGACUCAAAAUUUUGGCAGUUUAUUUUUAUAUGUUUUGAUAGCGGAUAAAGACCAACAAAAAACCACUUGGUCUAUUUUAGCUACUAUUUUCAUCGUUAUAGGCACUAUAAUAGGUAUGUGUGGAAUGAUACUUUACUAUAGAUGGUUUCAUGAAAAGGGACCAAUAAUGUGGAAAAACGUUGAAGGUGACAUUGAGUUAAACAAUAAAAGUACUCAUCCCAAAAAUAAUAAAAACAUUACAGGUCUAACACAUGUUAGAUCUUUUAAGUCGCAAAAAGAUAGUGACUUGCAAAAAAAUCAAAGGAAUGAUAAUGUCGAACAAGCUCAACAGUGUAACCUGAUGGCUGAUAAAAACUUCUUGUUGGAUCAAAUUGCUCGAUCUGGUACACCGAUGUUUAGUUCAGCUCCAAUCACAAAUAACAGCCUGGAAGCGUCAAGCAUAGAAUUUUACACAGUAGAAAAUACACCGAACACCGUCAUAUCUUCCAAAGAUAAUUCAACAUCUUAUGGAGUAAGUAAAUUUCCAACUAAAAAGAAAAGUAUUUGUCCUAGUGUUCUAGCAUCAAAAAUAGCUUCUCUAGAGAAUAUAGAGAGUUCUAUAGAUGAAAUAACGGCGAGCAACAUAAAUUUGCAUAAACGAAGAGGGAUAUGCUCGUCGGAUGAAUUAAGAAAUGAUUUAAACAAUUUAGAUAUUGAAACAUGCAAUUCAAACAUUGAGGAAUUUAAUAAGAGUCAUAAGACUUACCAUUCUUCUGAAACCAGUCAAGAUACAGAUAGUUUGAAUAAAAAAACAUCAUCUGAUUCAAUAGACAUGGAUCUAGAUUUAAGCUUUAGUGAUAUAAACAGUUCUGACAUCAAUACUUUCAAUGAAAAUAUAGUACAAAAACUUUGCUUGAGUGCACUUAAAAAUAUUAAAGUUGGUAAUCAAGAUGCAGACAUUGAAAAUAUUCAACGCAUUGCUUUGGACAUACUGAAGGAAAUGUACACAAAGAAGGAGAAAAUUAAAGACUCUACAGACUUGCUUCAUUCAAAACAACGUGAUGUCGAUACGCCAACAGAAAUGAUGUCUGUUCACGAUUAUGAAAAUAUUUGUGCUGUUAAUAUUGCCAGAGAAGCUUGGGGACUGCGAUCUUGGAAUGGGUAUUCUGACAUAGAAAAUUGGGUUCAUGAUGGAAGUGUAGUCAGAGAUCGACGACGGGACACAUUAACUUCGGGAAGCUCAGAAAUAAGUAGUUGUAUAUCACAAGAAUUGAGGAACUCUAUAAUGAGUGCUCCACCAUUUCCAAAGAAAAUGCAUACAUACUCAAACGUACUUGUAAAAUUUGAUCGAAAUGCUCAUCCAGAUUACGUUAAUACUGUCGUUUGCCAAACGGAUGAAACGUUUUUAGCUAAACCAUGUGUAGCUGAUGUAAAAGAUGCCAAUCACUUAGAACCAAUAUUGGAAGAAUUAGAUGAUUUAGGUGACAUUGAUUCGCCCAACAAAAAAAGACUGAAUUCUGAAAGCUCAUUAGUUGCUACAAUAGAUGAGAUAAGAAAAGCUACUGUUACGAAUUCACCGAGAAAUGUUUAUCAUCGGCGAGAUUUAUGGGAAUCACCUCAAUUUAGUGGUAAGGAGAAAAUGGAAUCAAAUUUAAAAAGAGCUUUAUGGAAGGAGCCAUUUAAAUUUAAUUCUAAUAAUAUCAUGGAAACAUUGCCUGUCAAAGGCAAUAAUUUAGAUGUAACUAAUAGACCUAAAAUAACUGUACAUAAAAAAGAAAUUAAUUUAGUAAGGACCAGCAGUGAUAUGGAUAUUGGUAUUCCUGAAAGAGUUAUUACUUUUAAUAAAAAUGUUAAAAGUAGACAAAAAUCAACAAAUUUGCAGUCUUCCUCAAUUAAAAAAGUAAAUAAUAGUGCUGAAGAUCUAUCUAAUAAAAACAUAGAUUUAUUAUGGAAAUUAGUUUCUGAAUAUUCAGUACCAACCAGCUCAGCUGAAGAUUUGUCAUCAAGUCAAAUAAAUUCCUCCCUUCAAUCUCUAAUAUUAAAAGACACACGAACUUUUAAUCAACCUAUUAAUUCGAAAAAUUCUAAUAUAAAAAAGGGCCCACGAAGUAAACCAAGACGCAAAUUUUCUAUUUUGAGGGAAAAAUUUGAACCACGAAUAAGUAGAAAUUCUGAUGAAGAAAUUUUAUACCAGUAUUCAGAAAAUGCACCACAGAUGGAUUCAAAUGUUAUAAAUGUUAAAAAUAUGCUUGAAAAAUGCCCUAGCAAACCUGAGUUAAGUGAAAAGUGUUUCCAUUUAAACGAUGAUCUUGAAAAUGCGGAACAAUCAAACUCUGAUAUACUUUCAAAGAACAUUAAAGAAAAAAGAACUCUGUUCAUGAAACAAGUGCUAAGCCCGCCGAAAUUUAACACCAAAUUAAGACAUAAGGUCUAGAAAUAAUAGUUCCUAUGGUUUAAUUAAAGGAUCUCAAUAGGAAUAUUAUUAAUGUUAGAUAAGAUUAAUUAUAGUAAUUAAAUUUAAUUAAAAAGGUCAUCAAAUGUAUUAACUUUAUACUUAUUGACUAUGACUAUAAAAAUCUGUUUUGUAUGUAAAACUGUGCAUGCAUUUGCUUACCUAUAUUAGGUUUCACUAGCACCGACCCAAUUGUGUAGCAGGUUUUGGGUUGUGUUGUGUGCUAUUCCACGGAAAACAGAUAUUCCAGUGAAUAGUAUGUAGUCACCGCAGACUACAAAUAGCUGCUUAUACUAGGCCUAUUUAAGAACAUACUUUAUCAUAAAAUAAAAUGCUAUUAUAUUGUAA